CUAGAAUGGAGAAACCAAUGUGAAGAGAGGUUUGAUGUACCAUGAAGAUCUUGAAGAUGCUGCAUGUCUUGAUUGGUUGUCUAGCUCUAGCAGUCAUUGCCCGCGGCCAACAAAAUCCAGGUUUCAUAAGCAUCGAUUGCGGAGCACCUAAUGAUUACCAUGAUGACCAGCUCAACAUAUACUACAAGGCCGAUGCGGGAUAUGUAGAUUCCGGAACAAACGUGCAGGUGUCUACCCAGGUCAUCUACCAAAACAACCAACUACAAUCAAAGAAUCUCCGGAUCUUCCCUAGUGGAAAAAGGAAUUGUUAUACAUUAAUGCCAGAUGAAGGAAAGGGCAGCACGUAUUUGGUCAGGGCUUCAUUUUGGUAUGGUAAUUAUGAUGGCAAAGAUCAAACCCCAGCAUUUGACCUCCAUAUUGAUGUUAACUAUUGGAUCACCAUGAACUCUUCGUCUUGGAUAUACAAAGAGAUUAUUUACACUCCUCCAAGAGAUUACAUACAACUUUGCUUGGUGAAUAUCGGCUCGGGAGUUCCAUUUAUAUCAGCUCUGGAGUUGCGGUUGCUGGAUAACUCGACUUACCAAAUCAAUUCCGGUGCACUUGUAACCAACUGGAAAUAUAAUUUGGGGAGCCUAAGCACAUACAGGCAUCCGCAAGAUGUAUAUGAUCGCAUCUGGAACAAUAAGACUUAUAGUGGAGGUUGGUCGUCCGUUAGCAACGCGACGACCAUCGAGACAAGUACAAGCAAUGAUGCCUAUAAAGUUCCGCCUGAAGUUUUGAUGACCGCCACACAAGUACAAAAUGUCACUGAUCCUCUGAGUCUGUUUUGGACCUCGGAGAACUCCACCACUGUCUGGUAUAUAUACUUCCACUUUGUGGAAUUGCAAUUGGAAAAGGGUCAAUUCAGAGAAUUCGCCAUAUAUGUACAAGACAAAUUCGUGGAAACUGUCAUGCUCGAGAACCUAAAGCCAGUGACCGUAGCCUCAUUGCCCAUAAGUGGACAUAAUUUGAACUUGACUAUUAGUGCGACGGCCCGCUCUAGUCUGCCACCGCUCCUCAAUGCCGUCGAGUUUUUCACUAUGGCACAGCUCCCAAAUUCACCGACUUUUCUUGAUGACUUUAAUGCCAUGUAUGACGUCAAGAAAACAUAUGGGGUGAUCAGAGCUAGCUGGCAGGGUGAUCCAUGCAUUCCUACACAGUACACAUGGAGUGGACUGAAUUGUAGCUAUGAUAGUUCUCCAAGAAUCAUCUCAUUGAACCUGAGCUCCAGUGGACUGAAAGGACCGAUAGCUACAUCAAUCUCCAAUUUGACAGCAGUUGUAUCCCUGGAUUUAUCCAACAAUUCAUUAACUGGGUCCGUGCCAGACUUUUUAGCUCAAAUGCCGAGCUUGAAAGUUCUGAAUUUAAGUGGAAACAACAUGAAUGGCUCUGUUCCUCAAACUCUGUUGAAGAAGAAGGCAGAUGGAUCGUUGCUAUUAAGCUUAGAUGGAAAUCCAAAUCUUUGCCAAUCAGACAAUUGUCAGACCAGCAAUGUGCAGCCAAAGAAAAAGGGCAUCUCUGUUGCCCCAAUCAUUGCAUCAGUUGCAGCCAUUCUGGUCUUGGUUUCAUUGGGAGCUCUUGCAGUGUUGUGGAUAAUCAAAAGAAGACAAAUCCAAGACGUUACUACUAUUACUACAACUACCAACUCUAGCGAAGGAUAUACUGGGACAUUAAAGUUGUCAAAAAAUCGACCUUUUACAUCCACUGAGGUUACAAGAAUUACAGAUAACUUUAGAACAGUAAUUGGAGAGGGAGGAUUUGGGAAAGUCUACUUUGGCAGACUUGAUGAUGGCAUUCAAGUCGCGGUAAAAAUGUUAUCUCGAUCAUCAAAGCAAGGCUACAAGGAAUUUCACGCUGAGGCACAACUCUUGAUGGUCGUUCACCACAGAAAUCUAGUUUCACUUAUCGGAUAUUGCGAAGAAUUUGAAAACAUGGCACUGAUUUACGAAUUCAUGUCCAAUGGAAAUGUUCGGCAACAUUUGUCAGCACACAACCCUAGUGUUUUGAGUUGGAGCGAGAGACUAAAAAUCGCAAUCGAUGCAGCUCAAGGGUUAGAGUACCUGCAUAAUGGCUGUAAACCUCCCGUUGUCCAUAGAGAUUUAAAGACGCCCAAUAUUUUACUAAACGAAAACAUGCAAGCGAAGAUUGCUGAUUUUGGAUUAUCGAAGGCAUUUGUAACAGAGCAUGAUUCUCAUAUUUCGACUCGCCCAGCAGGAACGCUUGGUUAUCUUGAUCCGGAGUUUCAUACAUCUGGAAACUUGAGCAAGAAGAGCGAUGUAUACAGUUUUGGGAUAGUUUUAUUCGAGUUAAUCACUGGCCACCCCGCCAUUAUAAGAAGUCCAGAGGGCAGCAUGCACAUACUUCGCUGGGUAACUCCACUUAUAGAAAGAGGGGACAUCCAAAGCAUUGUCGACCCGAGGUUAAAUGGCCAAUUCAACAUCAGUUCUGCAUGGAAAGCGGUUGAAAUAGCCAUGUCAUGUGUGCCGACGACAGCUGUUCAAAGGCCGGACAUGAACCGUGUUCUGUCAGAACUAAAAGAAUGCUUGACGGUAGAGAUUGGGUCAGGGAGAAGCCAAAGAAUGGGAAAUAGUAAGAGAAGAAGUGAGUCUUUUGAGAUGACCUCAAUUGAGCUUGAUAUUGCACCAAAUGCUCGUUAACUGCACUUGGUAUGUAAGGUUAUCACGUUCAGCGUUCUUGUGUAAGUUGUUGAUUAUUGGGUCGUAUAGAUUGAAAACUUCUGUACAAAGUCUGAGCUUGUGACUUUAAAUUGUCAUAUUGUUGUGUGUUGGGGUUGUUGCUUUUCUACCUUAGAAUUAUAAUGAAUGAAUGUCGAGUUCAAUUCA